AUGAACUAUAAUACCAAUCGACGGUCGAGUGCCAACCAAGAUCGCUUUGUGGAUGCAAGUGUCAGUGACUUUGCAGGUAGGCUAUAUGAUCUAUGUAAAGAUCAAAAUGGGUGUCGGUUUUUGCAAAGAAAGAUUGAGGAAAACGCCAAUGAGGAAUUGGACUUGAUAUUCAAUGACAUUUACAGCCACUUUGCUGAAUUGAUGAUAGAUCCUUUUGGUAACUAUUUAUGUCAAAAACUGUUGGAAAAAUGUAAAGAUGAACAAAGAAUUCAAUUGAUUCAAAUCAUUCGUCCACACCUUGUCGAUAUCGCGCUAAAUAUGCAUGGUACAAGAGCAGUUCAGAGACUGGUAGAGUGCGUGUCUACUCAUGAGCAGAUUCAGUACAUUAUAUCUGCAUUGAGUGCUCAUGUUGCCCCAUUGAUCAAGAAUUUGAACGGCAACCAUGUUAUUCAAAAAUGCCUUCGUCAUUUAUCUAGCGAGUAUAAUCAGUUUAUAUAUAACGCUGUUUGUAAGCACUGUGUGGAAGUAGCGUCUCAUAAGCACGGAUGCUGUGUGCUGCAAAGAUGUCUUGAUUUUGCUACACCACAGCAAAAGGAUCAGCUUGUGGAUGAGAUAUCGAAGCAUACACUGGUGCUUGUUCAGGAUCCCUUUGGCAACUAUGUUGUACAGUAUAUCUUGGAUUUGCAAGUUUCAAAUUAUAUAGAAAGUAUCAAUCAGCACUUUAUUCAUCAUGUCUGCACUCUGUCAAUACAAAAGUUCAGUUCUAAUGUGAUAGAAAAGUGCAUACGUAAUGCAUCGCCACAAACUAGACGUUUGCUGGUCCAUGAACUGAUUGAGUGCGAAACAAUAGAUAGGCUAGUACAAGAUUCUUUUGCAAACUAUGUCAUUCAGACCUCGCUGGAUUAUGCUGAUGAAGAUCAGCGUGAACAGCUUGUAGAUCGUAUUCGGCCUUUCCUGUCGACCAUUCGACACGCCCCUCAUGGAAAACGUAUCUACAGCAGGAUUAUUAGUCAUCAAAGGCAAAAGAAGGAUAAAUGCUCCAAAAAUAAUCUUGAUACCACUACAAUUACCAAUACAGUCUAA